AUGGAAGAGGAUGUCUGGUCGGUGAUGGAGGCUCAUGAACUAACAGAAGAAAACGCUUGGACAGCACACUCCCUCCAAACGAGCGGCGGUGAACGGAGACGGAACGGAAACCGCGAUGACCUUGACGAACGGAGGAAGAAACACGUGGCGACUUCUGCGCCGAUAAAUAACAAAGCUGCUGACGUGGACGAUGGUGACUGGGAGAGUGAGAUGGUUCGGCGUCAUGAGUACAUGUCUCGUAGCCGUAACGGUGACGGUGGCUCCUCUGGGGUUUCAGGCGUGGGGAAGACGUUAAAAGGAAGAGACAUGAGACGCGUUAGAGACGCCAGUUUGGAGCCAGACGGGGUUUUGAUGGUUAAGUUAGGUACUUAA